AUGGCCCCGGAGCCCUACCUGGCCCCGGAUGCGCCUGAGCUGAAGCUGCUGGCGGCCGACAGCGCGUACACGCCCAUCAAGGUGUCCGAAAAGACCCUGGUGGCUGUCCCCCAGUCGUACCUGGGCCUCAGCCUCGACCUCAACGAUAUUGAGGGCGUCGCGCACCCCGACUUCAUCGGGUUCAUCAGGCACCUCACGCAAUACGACACCGGCACCAUGCUGAUGCGCAUCGGCGCGUACAGCGCGGACCGCCUGGUCAAGCCGUGGCCGUCGUCUGUCUUCAAGGCGCUUACGACGCUCAACAAGGCGACAGGGGUGCAGUACAUCAUAGGUGUCAACCAGCACGCCGAGGACGCGGCUGUGACGCAAGAGCAGGUGCAGCGCACCGCCAAGCUGCUGCCGGCCGGGUCAGUUGUCAGCUUCGCGGUCGGCAACGAGCCUGACAUGUACUCUCUGGCCCCGAAGAAGGGCCUGCCCGGCUCACUCAUGCUCAAACCAAGGGAGUGGCUCAACACAGACUGGGUCAAUGUCGCGCGCACCCUGUUCAAGGCGGCCGCGGCGGGAGCCCCCCGGCCGCGCAUGCUGGCAGGCCCCGACUGGAGCGACCCCAACAUCAGCAAGGACAAGCUGCAGUGGUGGCUGAACUCAGUCCACGCGUACCUGAACAUGGUGACGGUGCACCUCUACGGUGGUGACGUCAUCAACGACAAGCACAUCAAGACGAUCCUGGCCGACAAGCGCAUGCUCCAGAAGCUGAAGAACAUCAGGACACUGGUCCAGGUGGCCAAGAGCAACGACCCACCCCUGCCCGUCCGCAUCAGCGAGGCCGCCACCAUCAGCUACGGCGGCGUGCAGGGCAUAUCAGACACGGCAGGGGCGGCGCUGUGGGCGCUGGACGCGAGUAUGGAGGUGGCCUUCCAGGGCGGGGCCGGCAUACACUUCCACCAGGUGCUCAACCGGGAGAACAACGCAAACUACAACGCGAUCUACUACAGCGCCGUCACCAACCGCGUGCGGGCCCGCCAGCCGCUGUGGGGCUACGUGAUGCUGCAGCAGGCGCUGGCAGGGGGCGCUGACAUCAUCGGGCGCGCCAUCACCGGGGAGUGCAAGGUGUGGCUGCUCAAGGGCCGCAAGAGCGGGGAGCUGCGGGCGCUGAUCAUCAACAAGGCGGACGGCAAGCAGUGCGCGGCCAACGUCCAGCUCGACGCGGCGCAGGCGGCCAAGUACGCGACCAAGGGCAUGUCCCACUACCUGUGGGCCAAGGCCGGCCUGUCUGACAGCUGGCGGAUCUACUACAGCAACACCUUCUUUGACCAGUGGGGCAGCGACCGCAAGGCGCCGGAGGUCUUGGUGCCCAUCCAGCGCUACGAGACGAAGGACAAGGCCGGCAAAACCACUGGCGCCGGCUUUGCGGUGCACCUAAUGGACGGCACCCUCGCCGCCCUGCUGUCGGUCCCGCUGGCGGCAAAGGCGCCGCCGGCCAAGGGCCUGCGGUGA